CUCCAGCUCUGCGGGAGAGGCAGGCAGGGAGGGACGGAGGGAGCUGCUCCUUGCUGCUCUCUCCUCCCUUUGAGCUUCCUAGUACUCUGCCUGCGUGGAGGCCUGAGGCAUGGCGACUAGGGGAUGGACGCUCUCCACCUUCCUGGGAUGCUGCGUAUGGAUUCUGCAUGGGCUUGGGGCUGCUGCUGUCCCUGUCACUACGGAGGGGCCCUUUACUGUUGGGACAGCUUAUCCCAUCACAGCAGAGAAUGAGGGACCCAGUGCCCUGGUGACAGGCACUGUGGACACAAGCACCACGGCAGCUGAUGCUGAGAUAGACGAGAGCAUCUUCACGAGGAGCCCCUUGAGUUCGACCUUCCCUCCCGGCACUGAGCAGGACUCCUUUGUGACUGCGAUGAGUGAAUAUGGCCCUACAGUGCCAACCUGGGUGAAUGUGACCCAGCCUCUUAACACAUCUCAGGGUAUUGAGGGGGUGUUGGCUGCUCCCACUACAGCCACGACUGCUGCUGCUAUCACUGAACAACACCCUGCUGUCACCCCAGAAGCAGAGUAUGAGGUAAUAGAGGCCACUCCUGAUCCCACCCUAGACAUCACCCCAGAUGUGAAGGAAGACAUCCCUGUGGCUGUGACCAGAGGAGAGGACAUCGACCUCAACACUGGCAACAUAGCCCUCCCUACCACCCCUCCACCAGCAGACACCUGGGUGCCACAGCCAACCGCUGGCAGCCCUGUGGGUGUUGGUGUCACUGUGCUGCCAAGCCAAGGGCUGACCACAGCCAUGGAAGCAGUUGAGGAAGUCGUAACUCUGCCUGCAUCUAUCCAAACUGGAGCCAAUGCUGAAUCCUCAAGUCCCAGCCCCAGUGCUGAGGAGCUGCUUACGACCCAGCAGGGUGGAGUGGUGAGCGGGAUUGAGGGCACUAACCCAGAGCCAGCAGAGGAAAUGGCCCCAGCUGCUGAAGAAAGUCCCUUGGCUUCAGAGUCUGGGAAUGCAGGAGAUGCAACAAAUGGUGAAUUCAGCACAGCCAGCUCAUCCCAUCUACCUCCAGAGAGCCCAGUGAUGUCAGAAACAGAGGGAAGCCCUGGGGAGCCCUCCCUCCUCCCUGGCCAGGCAAUGCUGAGCCCAGAUGCUUCGCUAGCACCGUCCACAGGGUAUGGGGAUGGGAAGGGAGUUCCUGGGGUGUCAACAGAAGCUUCUGGUUCAGCCCUGUCACCUGCAGCCAGCGAGGCACCAGUGGCACCCGAGGAAACAGAGGACACUGCCACAUCACUGCUGGCCCCAGAGGUUCCCACUGAUGCACAGAGUCAUGUGAAUCUCCCAACCUCAGCCACUGUGCUGUCCACAGGGGACAUGGGGACUGUGGGUCUGGACAAUCCAUCCCUGCAGCCUGACCCAUGGCAGACUCCCACUGGAGAACAGCCACCACUGCUUUCUGAUGCUCUGACAGAUACCCCCAGUGCUCCUGGGGCUGCUUACCCACCCCCAGGGGCUGAAGCCAACACCCUGCCUGCAGCUGAUGGUGCAGCAGAGACACCAUCCAGCCCCGACCUCACUACUGCCCCAGAAGCACCCAUGAACUCUCCAUCUCUCGGAGAGUCACAGCAAGCAGGGAUGCCAGAUGGAACUCCCCAAGAAGCUGAUGGACCUGGCACUGGCUUGAGUUCAGAUUCAGAUGCCCCCAGCCCAGCCCCUGUUGUACCUGAUGGACUGGCAUGGCCCACUGCUGGGGUUCAGGGUCAGGGAGCUCAGGGGGCAGAGGAAAUGGCACAGGCAGGAGGUCCAGGGGAUGGCAGUCCCUAUACAGAUACCCAGAGUGACAUGAGCCCUUCAUCCCCCCAGCCCUCAGCCUCUCCUGCUAAUAAUGGAGACCUGCUGACUGGAGGAACAGGAGAUUUGACAAAUGCUGAGCAGUCCCCUCCAUCAGCUCUUGGGGAGGGAACAGGAGCAGCAGGAGGUGCGCCGGCACUGGGAGAAGUGUCCUCACCUGGUUCUGCACCUCCCAGCAGUGCUGGAAUGGAGCCCGACCUCUCAGGAGCUGAAGGACCAGUGGACCUGCCCAGUGAAUCUGCCGGUGCUCCCGGGGCUGUUUACCCACUCCCAGGGUCUGUAUCUGGCCCUGCAUCUGGGGCAGAGACACCACUGAGCCCCAACCUCAGUGGUGCCCAGGGAGCACCUGGGUCUCCAUCCUUUGGUGGGUCACAGCCAUUGGGAACGGCAGCUGGUGCUCCCCAAGGAGCAGGUCUCCCUGGAGCUGAAGGACUAGACUCUGGCUUGUCUUCACCAGGAGAUGUCCCCAGCUCAGCUGUUCAUGGACCGGUAGGACCCCCAUCACCUGCCCCUGGGGACCAGCUUGGCACAAACCUGGGGCUGCCAGCAGCCGGAGGGCCUGGAGUGGGCACGGCAGAGCAGGCACUGGAAGGAGCAGGCAGUGGGAUUGAUUCUGAACCGUCUCUGAGCUCCACCACAGACAGUGGGAUAGAUCAACUUCCUGGUGAAGGUGCCUCAUCUGGUCCUGCCUCUCCCAGUGAUGUGGUGGCAGCACCUUCUGUUUCAAGGGGUGAUGAAGCAGGACCCAUCCCAGGGGCAGUCCCUGGCCCCGACAGCCUGUCCCCAGCCUCUCCGGACAGUGAAACUGGUCUGCUGGAGGGGGCAGAGAGUGCAGGGAAUGUGGCACAGGCUGGAAACCCAGAAAGUCCCUACUUGGAGACAAAUCCUUCAGCUUUCAGCCCUCAGGAAGAUCAACUGCCUGGUGCAGGUUCCUCAUCUGGUCCUGCCCCUCCCAGUGGUGAGGCCAUAGCAUCCUCUGUUUCAGAUCCAUCCAGCCAGAGUGCACUUGGAGGAGUGGACAGUGCUCCUGGAGCUCUUCAACCUUCCCUGGGUGCUGGGCCUGGGGUUCCUGCUGCUGCAGAAGAAGGGGCAAGUGAAGUGGCUGGUAAUGGAGAGUCCAUGGGGCAGUCCCAGGCUCCUACUGGAAAGGGACCAGCUGGUUCAGGAACCCCCGAUGAAGAAAUGGGAGAUGUGUUGCAGUCUGCAUCUUCUUCCUCAUCUACAGAGGGGUCUUCAUUACCUGGGAGGACUGAUGAGGCUGUUAAUGAAGCAACUCUUCCCGGAGCUGGUGGAGCCGACAGUGGCUUGAACACAGGCUUGGAGGCUGCUGGCCCCCAGGAAGCCCCUGUGUCUGUCCCUGGCAUCCAAAGUGGUGCCAAUAUUGGACUUUCUGAUGGAAAACAGAGCCAGGUCGAUGUGGUGGAGGUGCCUGGAGGAGCCUCGGUGAAUGGGGGAUCUUCCUCUUCCGCCACUCUGGUUCCAGUGGCUCCAAACAACAGCGGCGUUUCUGACAGCACGGCCACCUCAACAGCUGCUUCUCUGCUUCUUCCUGAGCAUGGGCUGAGCUCAGGGCUGGCACCCAAUGGAGACAUCCACUCUGCCCUUGGCACCCAGAGUGGGAACAGACCACUGCUGCCAGGGGCACCGUCUGGGCUGCCAGGAGAGUCUGGAGGCGUUUCUUGGUCUCUUGAAGAUGAACUGGCCUCAGGGAUGCCAGCACCUUUGGGAGAAGCAUCCCCCCAUGCUCCCGUAUCCCCCAAUGCUGCCCCAGUGCUGCCUUCUGCUCCACAGAGAGGAAGUGCUGCAGAAGGGGUUUCUGUCAGCCCUGGGCUUUCCGCUCCACUUGCAGCACUUCCAGCUGUGCCCCUCUAUGGGUAUGGAGCAAGGGAAAAUGAUCGGGAGUAUGUGGAAAGGAGAGUGGAUUUUAAUUCUCCGCUUUUCAAGCCCGAGACUGGAUUCCCAUUCGGGAGAACCCUGCGUGACUCUCUCUACUUUACAGACAAUGGACAAAUCAUUUUCCCAGCCUCGGACAAAGGCAUCUUCACAUAUCCCAACCCUCCUCCCAGCGGCUUCAAUGGCCAUGAGGAGGUUCCCAUGAUCGCUGUAUUUUGGGACAACGCCGACUUCUCCAGAGGUGUGGGCACCACCUUUUACCAGGAGUUCUCCACCCUCAACACGGCCAAACCUCCGUUUGUCCGUGACGUGGAAGCGAAGGUUCGGCGGUACAUGAGGUCCUCCUACUCUGCAGCCUGGACCCUGAAAAUCACCUGGGAGAAGGCACCUGUCUAUUCAUCAUGGACUGACCCCCGGAAGACCAUCACAUACCAAGCUGUCCUGACCACCGAUGGCUUCAGGUCCUACAUCCUGAUGCUGUACCAGGAUGGAGGAAUGCAGUGGGAUUACACCAGGCUCGCUGCCACCAAUGUGCUCAUUGGCUACACCAGUGGGGAUGGCUUUUACCACAACGAUGACCUGAGUAAGAGACCUCCAGCUGCCAAAUAUCGCCCUGACCAGUUCAGGGGCUACAACACAGACCUCCGUGGGCUGUGGAUUUACAAGCUGGAGAGUCGUGUGGGCAUCAACUACCGGCUGAAGUGCCUGGCAUGGACGGGGCAGCAGCAGGAGCCGCGGACAUGGAGCCAGGGCCUGCCCUCCUGCCCCUGCUCCCUGCAGCAAGGGCAGCAGGAUCCACGCUUCAAGAGCAGCCGUGGAGGCCGAUGGGCUGCCCGUGUCUCCAUGCUGCACUCGGCCUCCCCCAACCAGCACGGCGCCGGCGUCCGCUGCCUGUAUGACAGCCAAAACCAGCUCAUCGAAGGGCGGCAGGAGAGGUACUGGAGGUCCUCCAGGCAGGCGUCACCCUACCGUGACCAGGAGCUGAAGCUGUAUGACUGGUGCUGCAACCGGGCGGGCAGUGCCCACCUCUGCACCCGCUACAGUGAGAAGAGGCCAAAGAUUGGCUGUGAUGGAUACCAGUCACCUGGCAUGGAUUCCUCGGAGGAGGUAGAGAGAGACUCGGGUGAAGAAAUAGAUGAAGAUGACGAGUAACUGGGGGGUUGCACACCCACAGCAUGGUCUGGGCCACGGCUGAUCCUUCAAGUCCUUUGCUCUGCUCAUCCCCUGUGUCCCCCCCUAGAACCCAUUGCCCCUGCCCACCACGCAGGGCAUCUCACUUGUCCAGUGCUUGUGGUUGCCUGCACUGGCAACUUCAUAUUUCUACAUGAACUACAUUUCCAACCCAGACUUGUCCCAAGGAGUCAGUUCCUUCAGUUGUCCUUUCCCGGAUGCAGCUGAGUGGGUGCCCGUGGGCACCUCCUUGCUGGCGGGGAGGUGACAGGUACCCCCCACCACACACACCACCCUUGUCCUUCCUACAUCCCACUGUGCUCCCACACUGCUGGGUGAGCCUGCACCCCUGGCACCCAGGGAAAGGGUUUCUACACCUCACAUGGGUUGACUCUGGCCAAUCCCCUGAGUGCCAGGGAGCACCAGGCUGGUCCCAUGAGCCAGUCCUGUCUUGUCCCCCACCCAUCUCUCACUGAGUGGUCCCUGGGCCCUGUGCCCAGGAGAAGGGACCGAUUCUCCAGAUCAAGCCAGAAUCAGCUCAACCUGUCUGCUGGGUGUGUGAGGGCAAAAUGCAUCCCCAUGAUCAGAAAUGUUGGGAGAAAAAUAAUAUUUGCGUGUAAGUGAGCACCUUCCUUUCUUACAAAAAAUAAAUCAUUGUCAAAUCUUGUUUGUUCAAUAAAA